UUCUACGGUAAAAUUUUGCAAAAGUCGCUUGACCAUGGCUCGUUCAAGAGCUCUCUCGGCCGCUGAAGGACCGAAAGAGCCCCAUUCUGUCUCCCUCAAAGUCCUGCGACUUUCACGCCCUUCCCUAUCAUACCAACAUCCUCUUCCUGAAGACUUUGCCAACGUUCCGGUGCAGCCUUCGCUGAGCUAUCCGUCAAGCACAGCAGAUAAGCAGUUCAUUUUAAGCCCCAAUCUUAUGCUACCGCCUGCGUUUGGGUCUGCGUAUGUCGGCGAAACCUUCUCCUGCUCGCUAUCUGCCAACAAUGAGUUCCUCCGCGGAGACGCCUCGCGUGUGGUGACCUCCAUAAGAAUACUUGCAGAAAUGCAAACGCCCUCCCAGGUUGUUCCUCUCGAGCUUUAUCCGUCAAGCGACGAUAACGAUACCAAAUCGGGGGGGAUAGCGCAGGUUGAGUCGAUGCAGAAGAUUGUUCGCUUUGACCUAAAAGAGGAAGGGAACCACGUUCUUGCUGUUGGCGUCAGCUAUACAGAGACCAUGAUUACCCCAAGCUCUGAUGCACACGGAAGUGUCCAGGCUUCGGGAGGAAGGGUACGCACGUUUCGAAAAUUAUACCAGUUCGUUGCACAGCCAUGCUUGAAUGUACGCACGAAAGCUACGGAGUUACCUCCACAGGAAGUAGACAAUCGAUCUCUAGGACCGUAUGGCAAAACGAAGUUGUACAGGUUCGCGCUUGAAGCACAGCUUGAAAAUGUUGGUGAUGGAAUCAUCACUCUUGGGGCUGUCACAUUGAAUCCAAAGCCGCCAUUCAAAUCACGAUCGCUAAAUUGGGAUUUCGAGUCUUCUGCUGACAAAGAAAGUAUACCGACAUUGAGUCCGCGCGAUGUUUUACAGAUAGCUUUCAUAGUAGAGCAGGAGCACGGUCAGCAAGACGGCCUCGAAACCUUGCAAAAAGAUAUGAACCGAGAAGGACGGGCUACCCUUGGCCAGUUAUCUCUCGAGUGGCGAAGUGCUUUAGGAGAUCGAGGAUUUCUGACCACUGGGAACCUCAUGACAAAAAAGCGGUGAUACGAUUCCUGUCCGCUAAUCGCAGCGAUCCAUAGAUUUAUUGAAUCUGACGCAUUUGCUGGGAGUUA